AUGAUGGCGGGCGCUGGGGGAGAUUUGAGAGCGCUCUUCGGGGCUGGUGUCCGCGCGGCUCUGGAGGCCUGGCCCGCCUUGCAGAUCGCCGUGGAGAAUGGCUUCGGGGGCGUGCACAGCCAGGAGAAGGCCGAGUGGCUGGGAGGUGCCGUGGAGGAGUACUUCUUCCGCAAUGCGGACUUGGAGCUAGAUGAGGUGGAGGACUUCCUUGGGGAGCUCAUGACCAACGAGUUUGAUACAGUUGUGGAGGAUGGGAGUCUGCCUCAGGUCAGCCAGCAGCUAAAGACCAUGUUCCACCACUUCCAGAGGGGUGAUGGGGCCGCUCUGAAGGAGAUGACCUCCCACAUCACCCAAAGAAAGUGCAGGGUUAGAGCCACCGCACUUGCGACAGCCAGAGAGACGGAUGAGGAUGAUGUGGACAGCGUGGAGGAGAUGGAGGUCACAGCUACAAAUGAUGUAGCAGCUACCGAUGGGGUCUGCCCCCAGCCUGAACCCUCUGGUCCAGACUCCCAGGCUAUUAAGGAAGAAGAUAUAGUGGAGGAUGGCUGGACCAUUGUCCGGAGAAAGAAAUGAGUGGAGCUGGAAAUGGCUUGGGCCCUUGUUUACCAGUUGUUUUGAGAUUUUUUUGGAGGACUGUGGACCUUUGGACUGGUUAUCCCAUCUCUACCUGCUCCCUGUUCCCCUGUCUAGCUCCCUCCAUGGGAAGAAGAGCCCUAGGUUCUUGGUCUUGGGGUGGUAGGACCUGCUUCACCACACCCCCUUGGGCCAUAAGUUACUAUCUGAACGAUGAGGACUGGUUUCCCAGCACAGUGCCUUGGGUGCAGUCAGUGUGAGGAGAGUAGGAUGAGUGGCUGUGGUUGGAGAAGCUGAAUGCUGGCUGACAGUGGACAGGUGGAGAACCAGCAGAACCAGUACUCAUGCUGGGUCAGGAAUGGUGAGAUGAACUUGCAACUGGAAGAUUCAUUGACGAUGUGAAUGAAAGUAGCUGUGCUACUUCUCCCACUUCCCCGCUGCCCGUGUACACACACACACACACACACACACACACACACACACACACACACACACACACACACACACACACACAACCAGCUCUGUACCCAUCCAGAAAUUGGAACCUCCCAGGAACACUCCAUCCUGCAGCCCAGCCUCCAGCCCUGGGUUCCUUCAGGAAAUCUAGACCUUGGCAAGGUGGUAAGCUUAGGUGAUCUGGGCUUUGUUUUCUGUUUCCUCCAACCUCUUUCCAAACUCUUCAUCCAAUUCUAUCCAAGUCCAGAGAUGAGGCUUAAGACUUGAAUAAAUAAUACCUUAAUGUUUAA